UUCCCUCUCGCGCGCUUCAGACUGUUGUGAAGAACAGGAACCUGCAAUGGCGGAGUUUCUAGGCGCCGUUUAUUGAAGUACAAUCAUCAUUAAAAGUACGACAACGAAUUGCACGAAGUGCGAUGAAGAUAAUUUACAUUUUGAAGCUCUGAUCUGGUUCUGAGCUGGUUUGAAGUUGGAUUUAGUGUUGGAUAGCUUUCAUAUUAGCUACUUCUCAACAGCCGUUGCAUUUGUUUUUCUUGCAGCCGAACCAGUCUAGUUGUGGACUAUAUAUGUCACCCAUUGAAUACAUGGUGUCGAUGCAGCUCAGUCGCGUAUAAUAUUCAUCUGGGCAUGCAUUAACCCCACGAAUUGAGCUCUGACACAUCGGGCCCUUGGUGCCAUGAAGCUCCAGUGUGAUGUUGAGGUGGUGAGCAGGAUGCUACCCACCUUCGGAAUGAAGAGAAAGGGGAAAGGUGUCCGGGCCGUGUUGUCAAUAGGAAAACAUGUGGACAAGAAUACUCAGCGGAACAUUUAUCUGAUGAUCUGCACAGCCAAGGACCGGGCUGGUUCGAAGUACAAGCUAAAGGACAACAUAGAGAAGUUCUUCACCUGGUUCGUAGAUGAGGGCAAGGCCACCGUCAGGCUAAAGGAGCCUGCUGUGGACAUCUGUCUGAGCAAGGCUGAUGCUAAUAGCCUGAAGAACUUCCUCUCUGCUGCUCGUCUGGCUGACAGAGGAAGUGACAUGAACAGUCUUCCUCUUUCUACACUGACACCAGUGCGAGCCCGGGAUGUGGAGAAGCCCAAGAAGAAGCUGACCAUCAUGUCAAAGAAGGACUACCCCAUGACAUCCAACUUCCCAUACUCCCUCGAGCAACUGCAGGUCUCUUACUGUCGACUGUCCCGCAUCGACCUGAGGAUGCUCUCCCUCAAGUCCCUGCGGAAACUUGACCUCAGCAAUAACCACAUCAAGAAGCUUCCUGCCACCAUUGGUGACCUGGGCUGUCUGGCUGAUCUGGUUCUGCACAACAACCACCUGGAGAGCUUCAGUGAAGCCCUCUGUCUGUCCUCCCUCCAGGGCACCCUCCAGAACCUGGACCUGAGCCACAACCGCCUCCAGGCUCUGCCCGCACAGCUCUGCCAGCUCAGAGAGCUGGUCAACCUGAAACUGGAUGACAACAAGUUGAAAUGUCUGCCCUUCCGCAUCGGACAUUUGUCCAAGCUGAGGUUCCUGUCCGCCGCACAUAACCAGCUGUCACUGCUGCCUGAUAACUUCCGGAAGCUGAGCCUAGAGAAUCUAGACCUGUUUGGGAACCCGUUUACUCAGCCUAAUCCGUUAGACCACCACAUGGAGCUCACCUUCCCCCUCAGCUUACAGGAGAUGGCCUCCAGGGCUGUGGUAAAUCUCAGGGUUCCAUACGGGCCUCACCUCAUCCCCGCCCACCUGUGCAGGGACCUCGAGAGGGCCAAGACCUGUGACUGUGGCCAGCCCUGCAUUAGCUUCUUCAUUCAGACUGCAGUUAGCAUGAACCUUCACCAGGUGUCCCACACUGUGGUACUUGUGGAUGACAUGGGGGGCACAGAGGCCCCUGUCCAGCAACACUUCUGCUCCCUGGCCUGCUACUCUGAGUUCCUUGACAACUGCCUCCAAAGGGGCAUCAAAUGAUGAUAACAAUGGAAGUGUGUGUGUGUGUGUGUGUGUGUGUGUGUGUGUGUGUGUGUGUGUGUGUGUGUGUGUGUGUGUGUGUGUGUGUGUGUGUGUGUGUGUGUGUGUAUGUGGACAUGGGGUUACCGUGAUGAUGGGAAAGACAUACCAGGACUCUAAUUGCAGAGUAGGAUGGACAAGUAGGAGAGCAAUGGCUGACAUGAUUGACAUGUUGUAACAUUGACCAGGCAUUGCAGUAGACAAGUUGAAUUACCUCAAUUGAGCUUGUGAAUGAAUGUCAGCAGUGUUAUUAAUGGAAGUUACAGAAUGUCAGCUUGAGUUGGUCAGUGUUGUUAGUCAUACAUGGCAGGAUGACUGACAGGAUCUCUGCUCAGACAAUGUCCUGCGUGUUUAUCUCUGUGUUAUUUCAUCCACGUUAUUUCUGCAUUGUUAUCGGGGAUACCUACAGUGUCGUCUUUGUGUCAGUCUACUUUGUUACUACUCAAACAUUCAAAGCUGUCUAAAAGGGUCCUAUUUUUUUACUUUACUGGGACAAUUUUCAUAAUAAAGUUACAAGAUUGAAGUCAAAGAAA